AUGAGAGCUGCCUUGGGGAGGAUUCAUCCUUCAAGCCUGUGCCGAGCACCAACACUUUUGCCUGCUGUGAGGGCUGGCAGUGUGGGCUUUGCAACUAUGGGGACGGCUACGAAACUCCCGAGUUUCGAGCUGCAUGAGGCGGCAUUUCUCCACAGAUCUUUGGAAACUGCGUGGGACACGACCACGGCGGAGGCACAUGCGAAGUAUAACGUCUCCGACCACCCUAGCAUUUGGCACCGGAUCGCAGACUAUUGCCUGCCAUACUCGGACGGCAAAGUCGUCACAGACCUUGGGGCUGGCGAUGGCACACUGGGGAAGCUUUUGCAGGCGCGGACUAUGAUCAACGUGGACCCAUUCCCUCCAGACAACUGCUCACACUUGAUCGUGAAGAGCGAUGGUGUCGAGUUUCUGCGUCUCCAGCCAGAACAAUCCCUCGACCUGGUCGUCGCCACUUUUGCCGUGCACUUCAUGGACAGGGCCAGCCUUGACAAGGAGCUUACACGAGUGCUGGGCCCCGAUGGCCGAGCCAUGUGGUUCAGCUUCUCUCAGACAUCUACGCUUUUUGGCAACGAGGACCUCGCACGGCCAUGCCAGAAUCGAAAGGUAAGGACCAAGUAG